AAUGGGAAGAGGAGAAGACAAAGGAAUCAAUAGUCGGCGCCCUUGUCUACGCCGACCAAUCAUCACGUUCCUUUCACCCCCCCUCCCCAAACCCCCAUUAUCUCCCUGCUAAUACAUGAGUAACUCAUUAUAUAAAUAUCGUAGUAAUUCCUCCCUCACCCAGCUUUCUUCCGCCAAUUUUUAUACCGGAAGAUGCUUGUUUAUUGAUUGUUUUGUUUUUUGUUCGCAUUUCCUUUACUUUUUUCUGUUGUGGGUUUAAAUUUUGAGAAUAUGGGUGAAGUGGUUGCGGAAACCCAAAAUCAGACAGCUGUAGUAGUUGAUAAUAACAAUAAUACUCCGAUUAAGGAUAAGAAGAAGAACCGUCGAUCUAGACGAUCUAAGCAAAUCUCUCCUCCUACAGUUGGAACAGCAAGUAGUUCGCUGACUGUCUGUCUUGGGGAAUCAGAUUUCAAGGGAGAUGUUCCUAUCUUGGAUCAUGAAGGAUCUAAAGAGCUUUCAUUGCCUAGAGCAUCAAACAUUGCUUUUACUUCGUUGCCUACGAUGCAUUUUAAUGAACAGGCAGCGGAGAGCGAAAGUCUCCCUGUGCAGCUAACAAUGUUACCUGGUGUUGGUGGACAAAUAUAUUCAGGUUCAUGCCCAGAUCCCAUUGUAUACGGAGACCCGCCAAUUACUUCUUACCCCCAGAGGAAAUAUUUUGCUUCACAUUGGCCAGCAGAAGCUGUUCAUAAAGCACUAGAGAGGGGUCAUAUCUUUAAAGCAUUGUUUCGUGUCAACGCCCACAAUAGACUUGAGGCCUAUUGCAAAAUUGAUGGUGUGCGAGCGGAUGUUCUUAUUAGUGGACCUGCAGUUCAAAACAGAGCCGUUGAAGGAGACAUUGUUGCUAUUGAAGUUGAUCCUCCUUCUCUUUGGACUAAAAUGAAAGGAUAUACAGCUGGUGUUGAGAAUUCCGCUUUGGUAGAUGAUGGUAUGUUGGAGUCUGACAAUUCAGAAUUUGUUAGAGAGAAUUGCAAAGGGAAGAACAAGGUAGCUGCAGAUUUUGAGUCCAGUAGCUGCGGUAAUUGCUCUAGCCCCUUAGAAAAUGCAGUAUGUAAUAGAAGUGGGCAAUCCUUUGGAGAAGUGUCGAAUCCAGAAGAAAAAGUACCAGUUGAGAAUGUUUGUGUCAAUGGACAUAAUUUGACUGCGUCGAAACCUUCCAUAGUUGGGUGCUCUAGUGAAAUGAAUGAUGCUUUGCAUGCGACCGAGAGAUUGUCCGUCACUGUGAAUUCAUUUCCAUCUAAACGACCAACAGGAAGGGUUGUCGCUAUCCUUGAGGGUUCACCUCGUCGGGACACUAUCACUGGUUUUCUCAGUGUCAAGAAGUGGAUGUGGAGUAGAGAAGGUUACAAAAGGGACUCGAAGAAGAAUAGACAUUUGUCGACUGCCUUGAGCUGUCAGUAUCUCCUGUUAACACCAAAUGAUCCUCGGUUUCCAAAAAUGAUGGUACCCUUUAAGAGCCUGCCAGACUUUAUUUUGAAAAGAUUGGAAGCUGGUGAUGUGACAUUGGAGAUGGACCUAGUAGCUGCACGGAUUGCAGACUGGGCAGAAGAGAACUAUAUUCCAGAAGCUCAUGUCACUGACAUAUUUGGACGAGGUGGAGAAGUGGAGCCGCAGCUUGCUGCAAUCUUAUUUGAAAAUGCAAUUGAUUCUUCAGAAUUCUCUCAAGAGGCCUUAUCAUGUCUUCCAAGUAUUCCUUGGGAAAUACCUAAAGAGGAGCUUCAGAGUAGAAGAGACAUCAGAAAUUUCUGUGUUUUUACAAUUGACCCUGCUUCUGCCACUGAUCUUGAUGAUGCACUCUCUGUUGAAAGGUUGUCUGAUGGUAAUUUUAGAGUUGGGGUCCAUAUUGCUGAUGUCUCAUACUUUGUUCUACCAGACUCGGCUUUAGAUGAAAAUGCCCGAGCGAAGUCAACGAGUGUAUAUUUGUUGCAAAGUAAAUUGCCCAUGUUGCCACCGUUGCUCUCUGAGAAUUUGGGUUCGCUUAAUCCUGGGGUGGACAAACUUGCGUUUUCUAUUUUUUGGGACAUCAGUCUUACUGGGGAAGUUAGUCAGCGCUGGAUUGGCCGCACUAUAAUUCAAUCUUGUUGCAAGCUUUCUUAUGAGCAUGCUCAGGAUAUUAUUGAUGGAUUGCUUGAUGAUCCAAGUUCUUAUAAAGGAGAACGUUCUUGGCCAGUGUUACAUGGCCUUUUUAAAUGGUCUGAUGUUGUUACAUCUGUGAAGAACCUUUAUGAAAUCUCUAAAAUCUUGAAGAAAAAAAGGUUUGACGAUGGUGCUUUAUCACUCGAAAGCCCCAAAAUAGUUUUCUUAUUUGAUAAAGAAGGGAUACCUUAUGAUAGUGUGCUCAGUGUAAGGAAGGAGUCGAACUUCCUUGUUGAGGAGUUUAUGCUUUUGGCUAACAGGACAGCUGCUGAAGUUAUAACUAGAGCUUACCCUUCUAGUGCACUGUUGCGAAGGCACCCUGAACCCAACCUACGUAAGCUCAGAGAGUUCGAGUCCUUCUGCUCCAAACAUGGUCUGAGAUUGGACACAUCUUCCUCUGGCCAGUUCCAUAAUUCAUUGGAGCGCAUUAGACAAGAGCUCACAGACGAUUCUGUGUUAUUGGAUAUUCUUAUGUCUUACGCCUCAAGACCCAUGCAGUUGGCAACUUACUUCUGCAGUGGAGACGUAGAAGAUGAAAAUGAUCGGGGUCAUUAUGCGCUUGCUGUUCCUUUAUAUACGCACUUUACUUCUCCGCUCAGGCGCUAUCCGGAUAUUCUGGUACAUCGGAUGCUUGCUGCAGCUCUAGAAGCUGAAGAGGCGUAUCUGAAGCUCAAACUGUUGCACAAUCCAGAUGGGGGAGAAAUGACACGCGAAAGAUGUUUGACCAGCUUUGAUAAAGAUGCAAUUGGAUCACCUGAAGCUCAAGAAGCAUUAUCUGCAGCAGCUUCAAAACAUAAGGUUCCAUGUGCAAAAACUCUUGCUGGUAUUGCUUCCCAUUGCAAUGAAAGAAAGUUGGCUAGCAGGCACGUGAAAGAUGCUAUGGAGAAACUCUACAUGUGGGUACUUCUAAAAGGAAAGGAGGUAUUGUUCUCAGAAGCAAGAGUGAUGGGUUUGGGACCACGAUUCAUGUCCUUGUACAUACACAAGCUAGCCACUGAACAGCGCAUAUACUAUGAUGAAGUUGAGGGACUGACUGUGGAGUGGCUUGAGGCUACUUCGACAUUGGUACUUAGUCCGUCUACGAAUAAGCGCUUUAACAGGAGGGGUAGUCCAGGGAAGUGCAGGUCACUUGAAGACGUAGCACUCAUUGUGAGCCCAUGCGAGCUGAACCAAGAAUUGGAUUUAUGUGGACUGAAUAAUAGGGAAGGGAGUGGUGUAUUAGAAAUUAGAGAUGCUUCAAAAUCUGGUCUCUCUUGUACAGCAAAGGUUGAACCUGCUGUUUUCCCUGUGACUCUACGGCUUCUUUCAACAAUCACUGUUGCUCUUCAUGCUAUUGGAGGAGGGAAUGGGCCGCUUGAUAUUGGGGUAAGACUGUUUAUUAGUUCAUAUUUCAGGUAAUCUGGCCUUGUAUGUGAAUUUCACUGGUUAAACAGAAUUUAACGGAUGAAAGAGUGAUAUCUUGGAAGUACGCAACUCCGGUGUAGAUAUUACAGUAGUUUAUAGGUUGAGUAGAAUUCUUGGAAAGGAGAAUCUUUUGACUAGCAUGCGUGAUGCAUUAGAAAGGGCGUAAUACUGAACUGACUUCUAAUAGUAGGUGUAGAUAAAUGGGGUCUCUUAAAGUGGCUGUUUUUAAUCUGUUUUAUACCAAAGCUAUCUUUAGGAAAUGGCCCUUAUUUUUGGUGGCCAUUUCCUUCACAUAGAAGUUUGCUGACGGUGCUGCAUCGACAUUCUAAUGUUCUGAUGCCAAUUUCAAAGACAGAUUCCGGUGUAAUAUUUUUCCUUAAUGUUUCUGCUGGACUAUGACCCAUUAUUUUUUGAGUUGGGAGUCCUGACAGUUCUCUGCUUUUGUAUGGUCGUUGAUUUCGGGGCUGUAAUUCGGCUACAUAAGUACUGUACUUUUUCAGCUCUUAAAAGAUUCUCCUAAUAUGCAAUGGCAAUAUGUUCUGUUUUCUUUUUUAUAAUCUGAUUGUGUGAGAUUGACAUGGAAAAGGAUACCAAUAUGAGAGAAUGUGAAGACUGUUGAUGCAUCUGAAAGUUAGAGGCAAAAAAGGUAAGCUGUUCUCAUUCACUUGAGCCUUGGUAGGCAGUCACCAAGUAUGUCUACUAGCAAGAAAGUGAUUUUGAUGGCAUCUUGAUUAUCUCAGAUGAAGGUUUGGGUGGAUGACUGCGAGUCAAAAGCUCGACCUUGUUUGAUAAGAGUAAAGAAUCGCUGUUUAAUAUUGCACUUGGCUAAAGAACAGUAAUGAUAUUCAUCAGCUCUA